AUACCCCACUUGGAGGACGCUGCAAUCGAGGCUGGCUGUAUUACAGUAAGCAGAACCGAAGACAGCGUGAUCAUGGGACCGGGACAAGAACAUGAGGAGUGUAGAUUGGGCAUGGACAGUCUUUCCAUGGAACUGGCUGCUAUUUUCGUGGAAGACUCUGACGACGAGAACAAUAAGACUUUCCUACGGGUUUUCUGAAGCCGAGCUGAGUGGUUCGGAUUACCAGUCAAGCUCUGACAAUGACAGUGAGGGCCCGGGAUGCUUGCAGAGUCAGGAUGAUGGUCCUCCACGCCGCUUCAACCUCAAGGUGGCGCUGCGACUGCCAGCUCGCAGGCUGAAGGAGGAGGAGGAUGAGGAGAAAGAGAACCGCCCUCCUCCUCAUCCCCACGCUCCCGACCCCGUGAUGAGUCACUCCGACUCGGACUCAGACCAGGAGUCCCACCGUGGCUUCCUGGAAAAGAGAGCCAUGAACAUCAAGGCUAACAAAGCCAUGCUUGCUCAGUUGAUGGCAGACCUUCACAAGAUGCCAGGAUUGAUGAUCCCUCCCAAGCCUGCAGCACGGGGUUCUCCCAGCAAGCUGAAGCGAGCCCCACGGUCCUCGAUGGCAGGGCAGGGGGGCGCGAGGAGGAACCCCGAGAGAACGGUCCCGCAGACCACACCCGCUCCAUGGGCUGCAUGGACAGGACCCCCCUCCCCCGACGAGCAGAGCGGUCUGCAGCGCAGCAUUGAGGAUGAGCUGCUGGAGGUGAGGGAAAGCUACUACACCUUUGUCAUUCAGGAAACUGAUUUUAUGGCUGCAAGUUUUGCCAUCACCGUCUAG